AUGGGCCGGGUGGGCGAUCGUGGGGAGCGCGAGUGUGUGGAUGUGGUGCUGGGCGUUGCGCGGGGCGUCACACCCGGUGUUAUAGGUGCUUGGUACUUCGCAGAUCAAUCCGCCCCGCUUCCCCCGCCUACAGACACGCACACCAUCCACGCCGCGCUCUUCCGCUCCACGCAGCCCUCGCUCGGCACCAUCUGCCUCGCCUCGCUCAUCCUCACCGCGACGCGCGCCUUCCUCCUGCUCGCGUCCCUCCUGCGCAUGCUGCUCCCGGUGCAGUUCCGCCCGCGGCGUGGCUCGCGGGGUUCCUAG